UUUACGUGACUGGGCCCAGGAAUGGCUUCGGACGGAUUGCCAAUGUUACUUUGCACCCAGAAGUUCGAGCGCUUGCAUUAAGUCCGAGCCGAGGGAUGAACGCGGACUGUAAUUGGAAGGGAUCAGAAGACCAACGUAGUCAUGGUUGACCAGUUGGUCUUUGAUAAGUCCUGUAGCGGGUUUUGUUUAGCUUAGAGGUAUAUGUGGGCUAUACUUGGAUGAAGUCUUUCAAUGGAGUGUCCAGUGUGUAUAAGUAUACAAAUGAACCCCGAAACCUUUCCACCCAAAACACUGAUCAAGUCCUGAAGUAACUCCUGUCCCUCAACCAUGGCUUUGUCCACACUUCUUCUUUGGAUUGGGUUGUCGGUGGGCGUCUUGGCCUCGGGAGCAACCAAACCUGAUAGCAAAGUAUACGACUACAUCAUCGUCGGCGGAGGAACCGCAGGAAAUGCUUUAGCAACGCGUCUCAGCCAGGGACUUCCCAAGGCCAAGAUCCUCGUCAUCGAAGCUGGCCCAGCCGCACCCGACGAAGACGCCAUCAAUGUUCCAGGACUCAAAGGAGGAAAUCUCGGAGGGAAAUAUGACUGGAAAUUCCCAACCGUACCGCAGGUGGCUCUCAAGAAUCGCACCACUGUGGUCAACAGGGGCAAAGUCCUCGGCGGUUCGUCCGCCAUCAACUUGCUCAGCUGGAACCGAGCGGCGGCUGUCGAGUAUGACCAAUGGGAAAAGGUUGGUAACCCGGGAUGGAACUGGAAGUCCAUGAGCGCCGCCAUGACCAAGGCCGAGAACUACACCGGUGGCCCGCCCGGGUCAGGAACAAAAGGACCUGUUCACGCCUCUGUGAGCCGGUACGUGCCUGAGCAUCAAAAGCUCUUCGUGCCCACGGUAACCGGCGCCCUAGGCAUCGCGGAGAAUAACAGCUCUCUCCAAGGGAAUCCCAUCGGUGUCAUGUUCCAGCCUAGCAGCGUCAACCCGACGAACUACGUCCGGUCAUACAGCGCCAACGCCUAUCUGCCACAAGCGGGACCCAACUUGGAAAUCCUCGCGAACACGCUCGUCGCCAAGGUCAACCUCAAGAAGCAAAUUCGGACCGGCAACACCUACCAAGCGACGGGCGUCACCUUGGCCAACGGCACCGUCAUCCUCGCCUCGCAAGAAGUGAUCCUCUCCGCCGGCGCCAUCCAGACCCCCAACCUGCUCGAGCGCUCAGGCAUCGGCCGCGCCUCAGUCCUCCGCGCCGCCAAUAUCACGCAGCUCGUCGACCUCCCCGGCGUCGGCGAGAACUACAACGACCACUUGCGUCUGCAGCUCGUCUACCAGCUCAAGCCCCAGUACCGCGGCUCCGACCUGCUCAAGUACAACAACACCGCAGCCGCCGAAGAGCUAGCGAAGUGGCGCGCCGGCAUCCCCUCCAUCAUGGACGACAAAGCGGGCGCCUACGUCUUUGCCAAUUGGGAGCAGGUCGCAGGUAAAUCUGAAGCUGACCGUCUCGUGGAUCUCGCUCGCUCCGUUGCGGCUGCCAGUGACCGCAGCAGCACAACGGGAAAACCAGGCCUAACAAGCAAACUAACCCUCCUCACCUCCCCCUCCGUCCCCCAAGUAGAAAUCAUCUUCUCCGACGGCUUUGCCGGCGGCUACCUCUCGCCCUCCGACCCGCUAUACUCCCGGGUCCCAAAACCGCACUUCUUCACCCUCCUCGUCGCCAUCCAGCACCCGCUUUCCACGGGGUCAGUGCACAUCAACACCUCCUUUCCCCUCACAGGCAACCCCGUGAUAAACCCCAACUACUUAUCAAACGAGUACGACAUGGCCUCCUGCAUAGCCGCUCUCAAAUUCGCUCGCCGCAUAGCCUUGUCCGAGCCCUUGCGGAGUGUAUGGGAGAACGAGUACAGCCCGGGGUUGGAUGCCGUGAAAACAGAUGACGAUGAUGAGGUGUGGAGGCGGUAUGUGAUUAACACAGUGCAAAGUAUUUUCCAUCCGACCAGCACGGCGGCGAUGCUACCGAGACGGCAGGGAGGGGUGGUGGAUGGGAGACUGAAGGUUUAUGGGACGGAGGGGUUGAGGGUGGUGGAUGCGAGUGUGUUUUCGACGCAGGUUGGGGCGCAUGUGCAGACGGCGGUUUAUGGGGUGGCGGAACGGGCGGCGGAGAUGGUCAGACGGGAUUGGGAGGUGAGGUGAGGUUGAUGAAGAGGGAAUUGAGGAAGAGGGAGUUGAGGAACUGGAUGGUGAUGAGUAAGGGUUGGUUGGCAAUACUGGAAGCAACAAAGGCAUGUCGUGAUAUUAAUGACAUAUUUUGUGCAUUUUGUAAAAGAGAAGACGGACUUUGUUUGGAAGAGAGAAAGCUGGUGGUUUGCGGAAGGGCCAACGUACCUAGUCUCCACAGUAGGUAGCUCGGACCAUAUAGGCACUCGCUUCUUUCGAAAGUUUCAACCAACAAAACAGCUGCAUGGCGCAGCGGAAGCGCGCCGGGCUCAUAACCCGGAGGUCACUCGAUCGAAACGAGUUGCAGCUACACAACAAC